AUGCAAGGGCGGGCGGCGGCGAGCUGCUGCGUCGGCAGCGACGCCGGCGCGCACAAGGCCGCAAGGGGCGGGCGACUUUUGGUGCUACUCUGCUCUGCUCCUUCUUGUCUACUCUGGAUCGUGACUAUUGCUGCUCUGCGCCUCUGCUCUAGCAGUCUAGCUUCAGCAGCGGCAACAUCGACGUCAACGGCUGCAAGUGCAGGCUGCUACUGUGCUCCAUUCCAGAAGCCCCUCCACUCCACCUCCAGCUCCGGUGUGCUCCAGGACAUGGCUAAUGAUAUGGACCGGGUUUCUUGCUUCUACACAAGCUAUUUUCAAACCCGCCAGGAUUUCGUGGCGACAAAUGUUGAUGGUGCCAGAGAGGAAAUACUUAGCCUAGUUCAGAGGAACAGCGACAACAAGAUCAUCUAUUUUAAUGGUUGGGAUGGCUUUGGGACCGCCGCAGUCCUGAAAUCCAUACACCAAUUAGUUUCAUCUACCAAAUACCCUCCUUCAGAAAGGUGCUUUGACAGAACAAUUUAUAUAGAUUGCUCAAAAUGGAAAAGUAAAAGGGUGAUGCAGAGAAAAAUUGCAGAUGAGCUAAAACUUGACCAUAAGAUCAUGGCCAUGUUCGACAAGCAGGAUGAGGAGGAUGACUUCAAUGGAGUGGACCAUGGAUCUAGGGAUGUGAUAAGAAAUGUUGCAGGCAUGAUUGACCAGGUUCUGAGGGACAGUAAAUUUAUGGUGAUUUUUCUUAAUGGGAGUGAUGAAGAAAUUGUCCUAAGUACAUUUGGUAUUCCAGAAUAUCGUGACUGUAUAAUAAUAUGGACUUUUAAAAGAAGAUUUAUGGCAAUGAGUCCCCGAUAUGGUAAGAUAGCAGAUAAACUAAGGUACACAGAUCUUUUCCUCUUUGGCCAGCAUGGUUAUUCUGAAUUAUCAAGUCCACAGCUUAGUGCACUGUUUUGGGAAGAAGCUACCAACAUAGUUGCUUGCCACCCAUGCAUUCGAGACAUCAACCUAACAAUGGUCAUUGAUUGUUGUCUCUAUGGGUUAUUCCUGUAUUACAGCCUCCAUAACACCACUAGAUUUGGUUGGGCUGCUCACGCUCCCAACUAUUGGAUAUAUGAUGGGAUCAUUCAAGGGGAUAGAGCAAGAGAGAUUAGUAAUGCAUUGCACCCUGAAAUAAGCUUUGAGUGUGAUGAUUAUCUGCUCGACACUGUCUGCCGCAAGAUCACGCCAGAUUCAGGGACUCCUUUUCUGGUUAGACGCGGCAUGAUGAGUUUUUUUUAUUUUUAUGUUGAGAGGCCUUAUCGCUGGAUUUCGAUCAAUUCGAAGAAUUCAAAGAGUGGAGUAAUCUCAAAGAAGGAAAUGCAUGAGCAUAUGCUAAAAAUAGUUCCUUGCGCAUCAUCAAUCUUCCUAUCAUCUGGAAGGACCGAAAGCCCACUUAUAUUACAAAAUGCCUUGUUUGAACAGUGCAAAAACCUUGGUGUGUUGGUUCUCUCUUAUUGUGCCUUCAGUUUUGUAUCACCACCUUUUCUCUGCUGCCAGAUGUUAAAGUUCCUUGGAUUGGACCACUGCACAGAUAGCAAUGACACCAAGCUUGAAGGACAGGGCUGUACCGCCGAGUGGGCAUGUCUACAUAGCCUGUCGGUGCUUGACAACCGUUCAACUGAUUUGGACGAGAUCUUAUCCGAGGAAAAGAUAGGUCUCAUGGCUAACCUAGCAGAGCUAAAUAUAGAAGGAGUCAGAUGCUGGCAAUACACAAGUCAAUUGCAGAAAAGAUUACCUAACCUUGAGAGGCUCCGGAUAACCAAACCCGUGUGUCAAGCAGAGUUCUCAAAAGAUAUCAGCAACUCAUUUAUGGACAAGACAAAGCUGGAACUACUUGAUUUAUCUGGUAACAGUGAGAUGAGAAACCUACCAACAAGCCUAUCCAUGGCGAGCAACCUUCAGGUUCUUAUUCUUGAUGGUUGUGAUCAACUGGAGAAUGUUGUUCUGCCUAAUGGGCUUCCUUCUUCACUAAGGUCAUUCAGCUUCGAUGGAUGUGGACCGGCACCCAACUGGACAUCAAGCACUGAUCUGCCUUCAGAAAGCUCCCGUCCAAAGUGCCCGUCUGAUGCAGAUAAGAAAGAUGUGAAAACCACAAUGAUAUACCUACAAGGAUGUACACUGUUGGAGAAUCUGUUCUUGCGCGGGCUACGCAAUCUUGUGGAACUAGACCUUUCAGGAUCUGCAAUCAAGAUACUAGACUUUGAAAAUAUGGUGGUAGAUGUGCCUAGCCUGAAGCGACUCUUUCUGAUGGGCUGUGAGCACCUUCGUGCAAUUAUUUGGGGGUCAGGUGGCUCUAUGAAACAACAGGAGCUGGAGCUUCUCUGCGUAGACACACGACCCGGGAGCGCACAUGGAUGUAUGGCUCGGCCAUCUCUUGCCCAGCAUAAAUCCUUCCGGCUGCAGGUGCAUGCUAUCAUCACGGAUGCUAGGUUGGCUAGGUCCUUGUGGGUUCCAAUAAACCGUGCACCAUACACGUCCUAUUACAAUAUCAACAUCACAUCUUCAGGUACUGUGUGUGGUAAGGUUCUUCAGAUUAAAACAACAAGCAACAAGAUGACUGAGCCCAGUUGUGCUCCAUGUGAUCAUCAACGCUACCGUGUUUUAGCCGCAGACCUCUAUGGUGAUGCAUAUUGGAAGGUUGGUGAUGGCCCGACCCCGAUGCAGGCCUUCCCGCUUCCUCCAACUCCACAACUGGAUCGUCAUAUCGAGAUUGGCAAUGGGAGCUGCAGCGUGCAGAGUGAAGUUGAGGACGUAAAGUACAAAUAUUACAGUUUAGCUGGUCUGAUGACACAGUAUACCCAAUCCUUGUAUGUGCAUGAUGUCUCAACCUGCAGCAAUACCAUGGCUAAGGGAACAUGGCAUGCGCUCAAGUGGUGCCGUGUAGAGAGGUGCUCCAACUUGGACGCCGUCUUCCCUCCAGGAGCAGAUGAGAACGAUAUGCUUGAGACCAUCUGGGCAUCAGAUCUCUUAAAGGCCCGCUGCAUCUGGAGCCAAGGUUUGCAUCGGUUUUGGUACUUCCAUGGCCUGCGGCAGCUUCAUCUGCGCUCUUGCCCCAGCCUCCGCUUUGCAAUCCCAGUGUUUCGCCCCUCCUUCCCUAGCUUGGAGACCCUCCACAUCAUGCAUUGUGGUGACCUCAGACACAUCUUUGUACUGGAAGAAAAGAGCCAGACAAGUGUCGAGUUCCCGAGGCUGACCACCAUCCACUUGCAUGACCUGCCAGCACUGCAACAGAUAUGUGAGGCCACCAAGAUGCCAGUACCAGUGCUCGAGACCAUCAAGAUCAGAGGUUGCCCGAACCUGCGCCGGCUGCCAGCCUUGAAAGGCCGCGAACCAGGCAUGAGGCGACCGACUGUGGAGUUGGAGAAGGAUGUGUGGGACGCACUGAAAUGGGACGGUGUGGACGCCGGGCACCACCCUUCACUCUACGAGGAACCAGUGCACUCGCGCUACUACAAGAGGCGCUUUCUCAGGCGCACCGUCCUCAGGUUGUGUGACGGCCUGCCUGCGUGGCUAGCUACUCGGCAAAUGGAUUGCCGGCUACAACAGCCGCUGUGCUACCUGCUUGUUUGGAUUGGUCAGUUUGUUUGUCAAGCAAACCAAGGUACGGGCUUCAGGUUGCCUCCUGCCUUGACGGCCGGCCGAGUUGGCCUGCCUCCGUUUGCUGUGUGUUUGCGGCAGUCCUACUCUCGCCCUCACUCAUUGAGGCGGCCGCUGUGCCCUCGGCCACAAGCCGACGGUGGCACCAAGGCAGCGCCGCGGCACCCAGCCAACGUCGCGCCCCCAGGCAGCGGCGCGGCACCCAGCCAACGGCGCGCCCCCAGUCAGCGGCGCGGUUCGCAGGCAGCCCCCAGGCAGCGGCGGAUCCGGUGCUCUCCUCGUCUCCACCUCAUUCAACUUGGCACCAGGGACUCCAAGGCGGCGAGCUCCUCCAUCUCCGGCACGGCAGCCGUGGUCGCGUCACAAAGCUUUAGAUCAGCAAUGGAGUUAUCACGGUUGCCACUUGUGCAUAAAGGCCUUAGGUGUACGGAUUAUUUUUAUGGGCUGAAUCUGUUCCGGAUGAAGUCGUAUGUGCUGGAAAUCGCAGGUGUCAUGGAUGGUAGCAACGACAUGCAACGAGUUCGGAGGUCCCUGGAAGAGGGGGAGGAGAUGGUUUGCAAACAGAAGGCGAACCGGCACAAUCUGGAUUUAGACAUACAGCUUGAACGUGUCCAAGCUGAAAUCAGGAGGAGAGAACAACGAUGUAAAUUUGACAACUACAUAUCACUUCAGCGUGCCGAGCUGGACAAAGCGCGACAAUCAAAAUAUGCACACGAGGGGUACAUGAUAAAUUCACCAGUACGCGAGGAGGGUCUAAGCAACCAAAAAAUGAAAAGCCUUGAAGAAUGGAAGAACGACACCGAAACUCACCUUGGAUUGCAAGUUGAAAAAAAAACUAUUGAGAUGGAAUACAAACUUGGUAGUAAAAUACUAUCACAAAAUGAGGAGUUUGCUAAGUUUAAAAAAGAAAUGAGACUGGAAGCUUCCAGGGCGAGUAAGAUUGAAGCUGAAAAUGCACAAAUGAAAAUGGAAAUCAAGCCACUUAUGCCUACAUCUGCAAAAGUUCAGCCACCUAUGCCUACAUCUAAAAAUGCUCAGCCAUCUUCUAUGACUACAUCUGCACAUCUGCAGGAAUCACACCGCAAACGUUUCCAACAGACAUUGGCAAGAAUAAAUGAUGAAGCACCCACUGCAAGAAAUGGUAGGACGGAAAACAUCAUGCAACAGAAAGGUGGCCCCUCUACAAAUAAUGAACUAGGGAAGCAUAUUAUCGGCAACCCCUCUACACAUAUCAAACCAAGACAGCCCAUUAUCGACAAUAAUUACAAUUUGAAACAAAUUGACACAGACGCUGCCAUCUUCUUAGUAUCAAGUUACGACCAUGCUACGGUCAUAAAUGCCUUUGUUCAUAUCAGCAAUGUGGAGAAUGAGUCGGCAUCAUAUAUAACAACGUUCCAAGCCCAUAAGUUGGCAACAAAUAAUCUGGGUCCUGACAAACGCUCGACAUUCAUGAAGAUAAUUGCCGAAAAAUGUGAAGGAAGGCAUUUGGUUUUUCUGCCAAUGCAUAUCAACAACAACCACUGGGCUCUCCUAGUGUUGAAUUUUAUAAAGAUAGAGGUACAAAUACUUAACUCUAUACCAGGAAUUCGAGAUAGAGACCUAGAGAAGGCAUUGUAUUUCGUGUGGGGCGUAUGUAAUCAAAUAUAUAUUGGCAUGGGACGGAGAUCAAAUGGCUCAUGA